AUGCGAUUGUGGUCUUUUCUCGGCACGGCCAGCGCGCUGGCCACUCUGGGAGCUACAUAUGUUGUCCAUGAAGAAGGGAACAUCUGUCGUCUUUAUCCUGAGUCGCUCAAGUAUAAUGGAUCACCCGUUGACGAUACGCCCUACAUUCAUAAAGCUUUCGAGACUUGUGGAUCUAAUGGUCAUAUUGUCUUCUCCAACUAUACAUUUAACAUCAACUCGGUUCUCAAUACAACAAACUUGGUAAAUUGCGAUGUGUCGCUACAAGGCGAGCUGCUCUUUUCCGAUGAUAUUCCAUACUGGCUCAACCACUCUUAUUCUGUGGUGUUCCAGAACCAAUCCACCGCCUGGUUAUUUGGCGGAACCAACGUCACUUUACGCGGCGAGGGUGGCUGGUAUAAUGGAAAUGGCCAGGCGUGGUACACAGAGAACCGCAAUCAAAGCAAUCAGCCAGGGCGGCCUAUCAGCAUGACAUUCAUCAACUCUCAAAAUCUGCUUGUGGAAGGUCUACGCAUCAUUCAGCCACAAUUUUGGGCUACAUUCGUGUCAUACAGCAAAAACGUUUCAAUCACGAAUCUUUAUGUGAAUGCCACGAGUAAUGAUGAAUGGGGCACUGUCAACACCGAUGGCUACGAUUCUUGGAAUAGUGACACAUUACUCGUCGAAAAUGCCGUCAUCACCAAUCAAGAUGAUUGUGUGGCCGCUAAGGGGAAUACCACGAAUUUGUUGGUCCGAAACGUCACUUGUUAUGGGAACUACGGCAUGACCAUUGGAUCUGUGGGGCAAUACCCUACAAUGCCCGAUUAUGUCCAGAACGUCACCUUUGAAGACAUCCGAUGUGUGAACUGUAUGGAGGGGGCCUUUAUCAAGACAUGGCAAGGUGAAUCCGAUGAUUGUAGUUCCAAUGGUGAUAGUGGAGGUGGCGGCAGUGGUCUCAUCAAGAACGUCACCUACCGGAACUUUGAGUUGACCAACGUUGCUUUGCCUAUUCAAAUCUCUCAGUGCAUUUACUCUGAGAGCGGGCAAAGCUGUAAUACAUCCAAGAUGGCUAUUGAAGAUAUCACAUGGUCCAAUAUUAAGGGAACGUCUCGGUACAAUAUUGCAGCGUCGAUCUAUUGCUCCGAUGUACACCCUUGUCCGGGAAUCAAGUUUGAGGGCAUCAAUCUUCAAUCUAUGAACAGUACUUUGGGAUUGCCGCUUUAUGACACAGAUAUCCAGCAUGAGGUCUAUCAGUGUACAAACAUCAUCGAUGUGGAUGACUCUGGGGUCCCUUGCAAUCAUAUUGCCCCGGACAAUUAUGGCCAGACGGUAACUUCCAAUGUGAAAAACGACUAG